AUGGCAGAAGAUAAUUUCUCAUAUUCGGAGUCCGAAACAGUGUCUGUCAAUCCGAGUUGCGUGAAAUGUGAGGAAGGGGUCCAUUCGACUGAGCUACUACUAUGCAAGUUUUGCGAGGAAUAUCUUUGUCCCCUUCACUGGGACGAGUAUGACCCUCACAAAAAAGGCAGAAAUGUGGAAAAACAUCAAAAAACAUCUCUUAACAACGAUGAAAUCAAGAACUUUGAAUCCGCUAGAGAAUUCGAACGGUCGCUCUUCACUGAACCUGGAGAAGCGGAACAUGAAAAGCUGCACGAACAAGACCUUGCAACUGUAUGGUUCGGUAUUGAUGCGAAAACAAAACAAGGGCAUUCUAACCCCGAUGUCUAUGGAGAAAUCAUACUGAGAUCGACAUUUUAUCCUCGUUCACGUCAGUUUCCUAGCCUUGUCUCAUUUAUUGGGACAACUGGUGCUGGAAAGUCAACGCUCGUGAAAGGAAUCAUCGACGUUGAACCGGUUAAGACAGAAACGAACGACCGAAAUUGGCUUCGUAGUGUUCCUGUUCAAGGAAUACGAAGUUUUUUCAUGAAGCCCACAACUUCUGACGUUCAUUUAUAUCAUGAUCCCCAGACGUUACAUACUGAUAGGCCUUUACUCUUGGCUGAUUGCGAAGGUUUCGGAGGGGCUAUGGAAGAUCCUGUUGGAUCUAUACUCAAAAAGGGUGUGGAAUAUACAGCGAAAUUUUGGCCGUUGCAUUCGUCAACAGAGAAGGAUCACGGAAAAUUGACACGAAAAUUCUGUGUUGAGACGAUAUAUCCCCGUAUUCUCUAUGCCUUUAGUGACAUCUUGUGUUAUGUUAUUCAGCAGAAUCCUCGAGUAAUCGAGGAAAAGAUCACAAAAAUCAUAUUAUGGGCUGAAAAGGUGCAUGACGCCUCUCUAAACCAAGUGACUCUUCCUCGUGCUGUGCUCGUUCUUAACAAUAUUUCUAUGUCACGGGAGGAAAUGAAAAUGUGGAAAGACGCGGCAACUGUAACAGCAUAUGUUACAGAAAGUCUGAGGAAGAAGACAAAUUUUGCACCGGAGUUACUUCCUGCAGUCGAAAAGUGGAAUGCUAUUCUACCAGGUGAAGGAAAGAUCAACUCUUUGUUGGAUCUGUUUUUGCAAUAUUUCAGAUCCGUAUCGAUCGUUUGUGUACCUCACCAUACAGAGGAACAGCUAGCGACUGGAUUUUUCAACAGUGUGAAAGAGCUUCGAAAGCUUAUAGUUGACCUAAGCAAUGAAGUUCAUGAACAACGCCAGAAGGUUUCUCGCCAGAUAAAUUCAAUACAGCUUGAGUCUUAUCUUAGCAAGGGCAUCGAACACUUUUUCACAAAAUUUGACGAACCUUUUGAUAUUUACAAGUUCGCAAUGGAUCAUCAAAACGUGCCAGAAAGUUUGACUGAUCACGCAGUAUAUCUGAUGAAAAGGAUUAGAGAAGAGGAAUAUAACCCGAAGGCGUUUGACGAGCGUUGCGCCAAGCUCAUCGCCUCAUAUCAUACGAUGAGAGCCAUUAUCAGGCAGGAGGAACUUGGAGUACUACGUCUACAGGAUCCUACAUAUGUUGAACCCUAUCGAACUGCUUAUAAAGUGGUGCAGGAAUCCUCACGUUGUUGGUUUCACGAUGGUAGGAAUUACUGUCGUUGCAUUCGUGAUGGUCACACUAAAGGUCAUUAUGAUGCGAAAAAUCAAUUCAUCGGUUGUGGGAAUUACGAAAGUCCCUAUACUGAGGAGUCCUGCAUCCAGUUUGAGAAAAAGAUCAUAGAGCUGAGUAACGAAAUAAUACUCAGCGGCUCUGUCUCCUCGCGGCUAGAGUUUCAGAUUAAUAAACACACCACGAUUCUUAAAAACGAAAGAUCGUUUUGGUUGAAGACUUUCUCAAAUAAAGUAUGUUUCUCCUGCCUGGUUGAGGUCCCCGAAUUUCGCCUCAAAUGUGGCCAUCGCAUUUGUAGGGCUUGUGUCAAAAUAUUCGGAAAACAGGCGAAACAGGAGUUCAUAUAUCAGCUUGAUUCCUGCAUACUAUGCUCUGAAGGCUCUUAUAACGACAACCCUUAUGCAACCAUUCAAUUGAAACCCACUGGAGCUGGGGCUCGUAUACUUGCUAUUGACGGCGGAGGAGUGAGAGGAGUAAUCUCUGCCCGAAUUCUACAGUUUCUAGAAAAUGAGAUAGGUCUCCAGCUACCGCUUCAUCACUUCUUUGAUGUUAUUAUUGGAACCAGCUCAGGCGGAAUUUUAUCUCUUGCGCUUGGUGCCAAUCUAUGGGAUGCAGAUACCUGCGUAAACAAGUUCAGAAGUCUUGCAUCUGUAUCAUUCUCACAGCGUCUUCUUACCAAACUCCCCAUUAUCGGCGGGUUGUUUGGUAUAGGUCUACAUAGCUACUACGAGCCAGAGCCCAUAGAAAAAGCGUUGGUUAAUACAUUCACUUGCGCGACCGGCAAGAGGUACCUGUCUCAUGAGCCACGUAUAUAUAAAAGUGACCAGAAAGAGGGGGAUCAUCUGAAAUUUUACUUGAGAGAGCUGAACGUUGGUGUUACAACAGUAAAUACAAUCUCUAAUGAGGCUGUAUUGAUGUCAAACUACAACCGAAAGCAGUCGAAAGAUGACUCAGGUGCAAAGUUAUAUCGCGCAGACCAAGAAGACGAUGAGAUUGAAGUUUGGCAAGCAGGCCGAUGCACAUCUGCCGCUCCAUCCAUAUUUCCUACUUAUCGAGCUCCUAAUAGGCAAUCUUUCCAAGAUGGUGGUCUAAAGCAUAAUAAUCCAAUUGGCCUAGCGGUGAAAGAAGGUAAAAUUCUAUGGCCAGAUUCAUCUGACGUGGACAUCGCUGUCAGUAUCGGCUCUGGAUACGCUGAAACCCGAUUGGCAGAUGGGAACGUUGUCCACGGGUACGCUGUACAUGGCUGGCUGAAGAGAUGUAUAGAUGUUUGGGAAAGCAGCCUGGACUCAGAACGGCUUUGGCAGGAAUAUUCUCGUUCUCUUGACCCAGAGGAGAAGUCGCGUCACCAUCGAUUGAAUGUCAAGAUCUCUGACACACUCCCAUUCAUGGCCGAUGUGGCGAAGAUCGACGAUAUGGAGGAGCAGGCAAUCCGCUUCUAUAGCCAACCUGAUUCGAAGCAGCAACUCCGACGAGCAGCCGAGGCCUCAAUUGCAGCACUAUUUUAUAUCCGCAUCGAUAGGGUUUUCCAAGCUGGAAGAGAUUCGUAUAAUUACAAUGGACGAAUACUAUGUCGAUUAGAGAAGAAACACCAUCUUAGACUCUUGAAAAGACUGCAAGAGUCUAAUUGCACUUUUCUCAUCAACGAUAAAAUCAAUGAUAUGGACUUCUCAAAGCAAGAAAAUAGAAUACAAAAUGGCGAUGAGUUUCAACAACACUUCCAUUGGAAUACAGCUCGGCAUCUACAAGCUGUUGAUCUCUGUCUUGCAUUUGUGGCAGCAAGCACGGAGGACAAGGAGAAUGAGAUACACGAUAAUGUGGGCGACACUUCGUCGAUUUAUCACAUCAGCGGCAGCCCGUUUCGCAGAUCGUUAGCCAACUAA